AUGACGAAUUUGGAGAAGAUGACGACCAAGGUGGGUUCCCUCUCUCUUCAAUACCCGAUGCUAUCGAGGGAUAACUAUGCUUCGUGGGCAAUCAAGAUGAAAGUCUACAUGAAGGCUCAAGACGUAUGGGACGCCAUUGAGCCCGUGGCAGGCGCGUCCGUGGAACACAGGAAGGAUCAGAUGGCGUUGGCGGCCAUCUACCAGGGGAUUCCUGAAGAGACUUUGAUGGUGAUCGCAGAGAAGCAGACGGCAAAAGAGGCAUGGGAGACGUUGAAAACAAUGCAUCUAGGAGCGGAUCGUGUGAGGAACGCGAAGGUGCAGACCUUGAAGUCCGAGUUCGAACUUCUCCGGAUGAAGGAGAAUGACAACGUCGACGAUUUUUCGACGAAGUUGACAGGAGUCGUCAACAAGAUCCGGGCUUUAGGCGGCGAGAUGGAGGAGAACUACGUCGUCAGAAAGCUACUUCGGGCGGUACCGGAGAGAUUCCUUACUAUCGUCUCCACGAUUGAACAGUUCGGGGACAUCGACGACAUGACACUCGAGGAGGCGAUCGGGCGCCUCAAAGCCCACGAGGAGAGGGCACGUGUUUUUCGAAACAACGUCGACGAUCACCUAUUGUUGACGCAUGCGGAGUGGCAAGCAAGGAGCAAGAAGAACGGCGGAGGCUUCCUCUCAACACCUACAACCAAUGAUGGCAGCGGUCGAGGACGAGGUCGCGGGGCCGGUCGUGGGCGUGGCCGUGGCCAAAGAGGCCGAGGCGGACAGCAGUACCACGGCAGCGGGCAGCAGCACCACGCUGCCCAAGCAGGCCGCGGAGGGGAGCACGGCGGCCAGGCAGGCCGAGGCGGCUUCGGCGGCAGAGGAGGACGUCCAGGAGGUGGUUUCGGCCAUGGUGGUGCAGCUCGCCAGGAGGGGGAGAGUAGCACAAGUGGUGGUCGAGACAAGUCCAACAUUAAAUGCUUCAAUUGCGGAGUAUACGGGCACUUUCAGUCGGAGUGUCACAAGCAACGCCGCAAUAAUGAACAGGAGGCUCAUCUCACCCGUGCAUAUGACAAGGAGCCAACCUUGAUGAUGGCUAUGUUAGAGGAAUCGUCAAGUGUCAUUUUGCUGAAUGAAGAGAAGGUGAUGUCGGAUUUACUUACAGCGGGGGAGGCACAUGUUGACAACAAUACUUGGUACCUUGACAACGGAGCUAGCAAUCACAUGACCGGCCACCGAGACAAGUUCAAGGAGCUCGACGAAAAUAUCAAGGGAACCGUCAAGUUUGGUGAUGGAUCCGCGGUAGAGAUCAAGGGGAAAGGCUCAAUCCUCUUUCAGUGCAACAACGGCGAUCAAAGGCUACUACCUGAGGUAUAUUAUAUUCCAAGUUUGAAAUCUAACAUUAUUAGCCUUGGUCAAAUGACUGAAGAUGGGAGUAAGGUUGUUAUUGCUGACGAGUUCCUGAGGGUGUUUGAUAGGAACGGUGCUCUCUUGAUGAGGGUGACACGUUCAACUAACCGAUUGUACAGGAUAGAGUUAAAGACUUGCAAGCCGGCGUGUUUGAUGGCGAACAUUAACGAUCCAGCUUGGUUAUGGCAUGCUCGCCUUGGGCAUGUCAAUUUCUUCGCCCUCAAGAUGAUGACUGAAAAGAGGAUGGCUUCCGGGUUGCCGAAGAUCUUGCACCCGAACAUGCGAAGGAUGCCUCGUCGCCAAGCAAGCAAGACUGCCGUUCCCUUCGCAAGCAAAUUUCAGAGCUCAGAAGCCGCUGGAGUUACUACAUGCUGA